ACUUCGACUCCACCGCGUCCAAUCGAACUUUCCGCCCGACCCCAAAUCGAGCCGGCGGUUCUCUUGUCACACCCAUCACCACAGGACCUCGAAGAGGCUGAAAUAGACGCAGAACUGAUACCCCCUCUGGAGGCCGUAGUGAACAUCACGGACCGCGCCGCCCAGCAACUGUUGAAUAUCCAUGUACGCGAGGCGAACCCUGACGCGGGGCUGCGCAUAUCCGUCGAGUCGGGCGGGUGUCACGGAUACCAGUACAAGAUGGCGCUCACCAAACACCGAGAGCCGGACGACUACCACUUCUCGCGGCGGGACAUCGCCCCGUCGAACGUGUAUGUGGACGCCGUGUCGCUGCCACUCCUGAAAGGCGCGACGAUCGACUACGCGACGGAGCUCAUCGGCAGCUCGUUUCGCAUAUUGGACAACCCG